AUGUCUUUGCGCGGGCCGAUGCGGCGGUCGCACCUUCGGCAGGUGAGCGCUGCCAGCUUGGAGACCCUUUCGACCAUCCACACCGAGACAUCCUAUCGCGAACAUGGCCCCACGCCAGAUGAACGAACCAUUCGGCUAUCCACCAGCCUGGCCCGGCACCAAUGCACUCUGUGGGUUCACGAUGAAAUGUUUUCGAGGGAGGAUAUAUUAUUAAAUCCGUCAGCGUUCGGAGAAAGUGGAAUUCAAGUUGGGGAUGUGGUGGAGAUCCUACCCGUUCGUGCUUCUGGGGACAUAAUCCACUCCACCUUGAAGCCGGACGCGGGCGCGAAGACGGCCCGUGAUGGUCAUGUGGACUUGAAUCUGGGGUCGCAAUCCGAAAGCACGUCUAAAUUUAAAACGCCAUUUCAAAGUCGAUGUCUAUUUGUCGUGAAGCCCUUGCCGCAAGAUGUGAAGACGCGCCAUCCCAAGCUGGAGAUCUCAGUGACCAGUAGCGUGGCCAAUAUCUUCGGUUUCAAGAACAGAACUCAAGUCACACUUUCAAUUGUUGAUCGCGAACAAUGCGCCGCGUCUCAUGUUGACAUUUCCUUUCGGGAUCAGUACAUGGUUCGGUCUGACAUGUGGCGAUUGGUCAUGUCUGAACUUGUCGAUAAGAUCAUCUACAAGGGGCAAAAAAUAAUUUUCAUGGGUAGUAUUAAAGUGACUAUCAAGAAUAUUUUUAUUCGAGGGAAGAAAGUCCUAUCAGGGUACUUCGCGCCUCAUACAAUUCCUGUCUUCCGCAGCGAGUCCGCGAAAUAUGUCCUGUUCAUUCAAAUGUCCAGGGAAAUGUGGGAUUUUGACUCGGAAGGAUCUGGAGACAUUCUUUUCAGUCGCGUGAUAAACGGAUUUUUGCCAGAACUUUUCAAACGAUGGGCUAACUCUGACGCGAAGCAUUUGGUCACCAUUGUGCUCUUCACGCGAGUUGAAUACGACACUUCCGCACACCCCAGUAUGUCUCAGCUCAAUUCUGGGAACCUAGCAGGCGUUUCGGGUCCGAACAAUACUCCAACUCGAGAUUUCUAUCGUGUUGUCGUGAACGAUAUGGCAAGCGGCCACUGGACUCAAAUCUUGGAUGAGCUCAAAAAGAAUUUUAGAACCUUUUUGAGGGACGUGUCGAUUUUGAAAACAGAUGACCUGGAUGCUGCCUCGGGUAGCGGCAUGAAGACGUCCUCCAAGCCGCAUACCGCAACCAUUGCUGGACGCCCUAGUACUGCGUUGCGUGGCAAUAUCCUCGAGGCCAUCCAUCUUGCCUCUGCUCACCUGGCCUAUGACCAUAUUGAUCGAGAUCUGGUCCAUACAGGAACCUCUAUCAUUGUAAUUACCCCGGGAAGUGGUGUGUUCGAAGUGUCAUACGAGUCUUUGGCCUCUACAACCGAGGCUCUGACAAACCGUGGCAUAGCAAUCGAUCUAGUCUGCUUGAGCCCAAUGCCUCUGCACUCUGUACCGCUCUUCAAAUAUCGGGAGCCGGCAGAACGUCCCACUGGCUCCUUAACAACUCCGCUCGAAACGCCGAAACUGUCACCCGAAGUCCACCAUUCAAUAUCGAGUCUUGUAAGCCGAUCAUCCUAUCUCUCACCGGGUUCUUAUCUCUCCGCAACCCGCAUGCGUGAGCGAGGUCUGCCAAGGUCUAAAGAAUGGAGCUACGGCAUCCCUCACUGGCUCGAUAUUUCAUAUUGGAAUCCUGAAACCUAUCGCGAAGCCCGGCGCAUCUUGAAAAAAGAUCUCAAUGCUCCUAUCCCGUACACCGUCACCCGGCCGUACAAAGCAUUUACUCCACGUGUGCGUAUGUACGAGAUUCAAAUGAUGGGUGUCAUGGAGAGUGAACAAUCCAACAUAUCCAUUCCAUACCUCCUCGAAGGACGUGACCUCAUCAAGCCACGUACUUGGAUAGGGCCAAGUCCAGCAGUUCGUCCGCCACCAAGAACGCGAUUCGCCAAUACCUCAUCUCAGAAAGUGCAAUAUAGUGAUAGCCUACGACCAGAAUCCUUUAUUGAAAAUGCUGCAGAUCAGAGUGAAGUCCUAACCAGGGAAACACAAAAGUCUCGAAAGUCUGUCAUGGCUUGGAUGGACCAGUAUGAUGAUAAUGUCUUUGCCGCAACGACUCGAAGAAAGGACGUUCCGAAGCCUAGAAACAAGCGCCUGAGUGAGCCGGAGGUUCAGGGUACUGGAGCGCAUGAGAGGAUGUCGGCGCGAUCUGUCUUGCAUCUACGCGAGCAUGAGACUAGCACGGCUGAAGCACCGCGGGCUGGUCUCCGAAGAAUUGACGGGUCUACUCCUUCCCAAAAGAGUACAGGUUCUUCGAAGAGUAGCACGUCACCCAAAAAGUCGGCACUGAAAACCAGACCAGGGCCGCCUGCUUCACGAAUUUCUCGGACAAUCAGCUUUGCACUUCGAGGCUUGAUUUCCACCCCUCCAAGGGCCCAGGCAAGCACCGGAGUUCACGUAGAGCAUGCAAGUGCACUUCCGAUGUCCAAUCAAAGGUCCUCUGGUGGGACUUUCUCCGAUACCAAAAGCAUCAUUUCCUUGAGUCCAUCCGAAACAACGUCGACGACAACCAUCACUGACAGGGCAUCCCCACCAUCUACUCCUCCCAUGCUUGCACAGCAUACCCGUUUGACUCCAUCUAAGCCAAUAUCCAUCAAGACCCCAAUGAAAAAGCCGCCUGGCAGCCCAGAGCGACUGGAACCUGGAAGACCCCAGGGCUCACUAUCAACGUCUGCGACUGACACACCUUUUAUCAAUCGCGAUGAGGGACCAAGCCGGACCAAUGAUCAUAAUAAAGUCGAGAUUACCCUCAACCAUAGUUCUCGUGACACGUCAAGGAGCUCACCGGGUAAAGCCUUGGCACCCUGGGUACGAUCGGUUAACCCUUGCAAUACUCCAAAAGAUGUGUUGCGCAAGGCUAGCUGGUUUGGCCGUUGGCAACAUGCGUACCCUCGCCCCCCUCACGUUGCGGUGGUUAAGUGGAAGAGCUUGAAAUCACCUGCAGUGCUUCCUUUGACCACUGAAGAAUUCCCCACCUCAAGCGAACUUACCUCAGAUUACCUACAGACCCCUUAUCGUGUCUUCACGAAUGACGAUACAGAUGGAAUCGAGACGCCAAAGACUCGAGGAUUUCUCUUACGUGAGAUGAUUUCGCUUCGAUUGUCUCAUGGCUUUCAGAUUGUUGUGGGCAGGAACGUGGCAGAGGUCUCGGGACAACCGGCCCUAGAGUCACUAAAUGUUUUCGACACCCGCGGACUCGAGCGAGAUGGAGUCAUCGUUUUUCUCUCCAAGGGUAACGCCAUCCACCGUCUCAUAACUGUAGACGGAGGAGAAAUUGAAGUGACUCGCUUCACGCAUCAUACAGCAGAAUCCCUCUUAUUGCCCAAGCGAUCUAAUUUCACGCUGUACCAGCCGGCCAUGAGAACUAUCCUUAGCCAGAAGUAUGAGAUCAAAGACAUCAAGCUGGAUCCCACCGCUGAAGAAUAUAAUUGGAAUCUUGCUGAUAAUUAUCUGGCUGGUCACCGAGAUUACAUUCACAAUCCGGCGCAGCAGCUGCAUUUCUGGCGAGUUCGUUUUGUCUUGAUUCCAAUGCAACUACACCCUCACUCUCGCCGUCACCUGCAAUCUUUCAACGAGGAUAACGAGGAAGAGAUUCAUUUGCUCGGCAUCAGCCAGCUAACUCAUAUGUGGCAACGAAACAAAUAUGUGUCUCCGGAGGAAAAAAGAUUUGAGUCUGCGAACAAAAAGCGAGAUCAGAAUCCGCUCAAUAUCAUGUACCAAACACGAAAUCCGUCCGAGGUUGUUGCAGCGGAACUUGAUCGUGUACUUCUCACUGACCCGGGGCUUGACAACCCGCCCGCCCAGCUACUGCCAGAGGAAGAAUUGAUGGAAAGGUCUGGCGUCAUUAUAUCGGCACUCUCGCAAAUGAUUCAAGGCGAGAAGGGGGUCCGUAUGAUGGAUAGACGAUGGCAUUGGAGGUUACACUACAAUUGUUUCAUUGGUUUCGAGCUCACUACCUGGUUGAUCCAAAAUUUCCGGGAUAUUGAAAGUCGUGAGGAAGCAGUCGAGUUUGGUAAUGAGUUGAUGAAACAUGGGCUGUUCCAGCACGUCGAGAAGCGACACAACUUCCGGGAUGGUAACUAUUUCUACCAGAUGUGCGCUGAUCAUCGAAUCACGCGACCCGAAUCCCGAGGUAGUUGGUUCCCCCAACUUCGAUCAGACAAAUCAGUGCCCUCAACUCCGGCAAUUGGAAAGGACUCUCCUUCCAGCCUUCGCGCUCGCUCUGACAGCAUUGACGAGCGCAUCCCACCAACGCCAACUACACCGUCUAAACCCAAGAAUAAGGUUGCCAUCAUGUUAUCUAAAAGCCUGAAGUACGAGGUGGACAACCGCAAGCGGUCAAAUCGCCCUGAAGUGAUUGAUCUUCAUUAUGACCGGUUGCAUAAUCCUGAGAAUUGCUUCCAUAUUGAGCUUAGCUGGAUGAGUACGACGCCAAAGCUGAUCGAAGACACUGUUCACUCUUGGGCCUCCACCUCGGAGAAAUUUGGCUUGAAGCUGGUUCAGGUGCCCAUAGCCGAGGCCUGCGCCAUUGACAAGACACAGCCUUUCCGAAAGCCUUUCCGAAUCAAAUUGAAGGUUCCACCACCGAAGGGACCUGUUCACACUGUGUUCAACAACGCAUCUUUUGCGCAACCAGGACCACCAGACCGUCUCUAUUACCAAAAGUGCAUCCUACGCAAAUUCGAUUUCGUUCUGGAUUUCGAGGCUUGCAGCGCAUUCCCGGCAGAUGUCGAAGUUUCCUUCUCCUGGGGUAAGCCUGACUACAAGUACCCGCAGUUCAUCCACCGUACAGGCAGCGUCCUUGCCCAGAUCACGGAUGAAGGAGACUUUUUACUUCUCGCAAACCGACUGGUCAGCACCCGCAGCGUUGCAAGUAGAGAUGCAGGCCGCUACGAUCAUGGUCGCCAGGAUUAUCGUGGCCGUGCACCGAAUCACGACUCUCUCGAUCGCCUCUCCCCACGUCUUUCUCCUUUGGUUCGUCCUUUACACGACAUUGGAAGCCCUCUGCCCACACCGGGGGGUGCACCGAGUCUCGACUCGGCAAAUUUGUAUCGGGCGCCAGAGCAUGUUCUCAAUGCUCUAGCUGAUUUCUGCAAGGAUGCAGCUACACUGGAGCAGUUCUACAGCGAGUCCCAUAUUCGUCCCGCGUCAACCAAGGUCGAACCUGCCACCACCCAUCUCAUGGAUACCUCUAUUCCGUCACUUGAGCUUCCCGCCAGUGUCGUCAGCCACCACAUCUCGCCUCCGCCUGGCUUGCCGUCUAGAGUGUUUGGUGAGCCCCGUGAGUCACGGGAUGGAUUGAUUUCGCCGGAAUUAACUCGAGCGAGGGCUCGAGGCGAGAGUGUGAGCUACAAGGGCAGUCCACGGAGUCCAAGGAGUGGUGCUCUCCGGCCUCUGGCUUGA